UAUCAAUUCAACGCCGUCGCUAUGAAGCUCGUACUAUCCACCUCGUGCGUCUUGCAAUCCUGGUAGAGGACGGCAACUGACCUUCACAGCAACAUCAUGUCCGGGGGACCCUCGGUCAUGCGCCGCCCAUUCUUCGAGAAGUCGAACACAGAGCUCACCUCGUCUCUGCGCUCAAACUUUGCGAACCAACAAGGGUCUCCCGCAGAAUCCGGCGUCAGCUACAAGUCAUGGACUACGCAGACUGACGGCGCCCUCUACGUCCCCACCCACGAACCUUCGCCGCUCACUGAACCGCGGGAAUCCUACGAUAUCACUGUCAAACUGUUUUACCUUCCGAACAUACCCGCCGGCCGCCGAUGCGCUCAUACAAGAGAAGCAAUUGAGCUGGUCCUGAAGGAGCUGGGUAGCAAGUCGAUAGACCUCCUCAUCGUCGGUUUCCCAGGCAUAUCGUUCGACGCGGAUGACGAGGACUCAGAUCUAGAAGACCCUCCGUCUGCCCCGCAAUCCACGUCAGAAGGCUGCGAAGAGUCUGAAGUACCACCAGAGGACAUCGAGACAAUGGCAAUGACGUGGAAGUCGCUGGAGAAGCUACACAGUGAGGGUCUGGUGUCGAAAUUGGGCAUUGCUGAAUUUGGCGUCGCACGGCUGGAGAAGUUCUUGGAGCACACAACAAUCAAACCGAGCGUCAACCAGAUCAACGUUCGCGACUGCUGCGUCGUGCCCAAGCCGCUGAUCCUGUACGCGAAGCAACAGCAGAUCGAACUCCUCACGCACAAUGACUGCACGAACAUCCUACCACGGGGAACGCUGAGGCAGAUACUGGGAUCGGGAGAUAACGGGUCAGGCGUAUUGGCAAGUGAGUCGAACACGGGAGGUCUCAAUGGCGACGUGGCACCACAGUGGGUCGUAAAGUACACCGCGGUUGUCAAAGACAGAGGUGUGGUUGAGAACAAAGGGUACUUCGCGGUCGCAGAGUUACGGGACGAGUAGGAACAGCACUACCGAAGCCACAUUAUUUCUUCUCAAGCACAAUUCCAGUCGGGGACGCCAUGCAGGCUCCAACGUGGAAGGGAUUGAACGUUUUCAAACUCAUGUCCAAGGCUUUUGAAUACGCAGCAUAUACAACAUUGCGGCCUGAACAGUGGUCGUAUAAACUGAGAGCAAAUACUCAGAACGAAAGCUACAGCACAUUCAACGCCAAGACUUCGACAUGCCUACAAGUUCGGCCAACAGCAACACCACAUACUACAACGAUGUCGUCCGCCUACAAGACUAUGUGUAUCGUCCGUCAAUUGGCACUCAUUGUGGCGGGGCUAUCAGCUCUACACACCGCAAUGCGCACAGAACCUAUAUCAACUUGCGUCCGGACUGCAUUGACUUCCCCCACGCCUCAGCAGCAGCGUGAUACCACCCGACCCUCAACGACCUCAAAUGCAUCUAAUAUUCCGCAAGAUUAAACCCUCGCCCCC